GGUUUCACACUGCGUUAAGUUGUCCUGCCUCCUCAGGCUCCUAUGAUUCAUGGCAACUUCUCAGUGGUCUAUGAAGACCCUGAUAAAGAUGAAGUAUAUUGGCCAGCUGGCUGUGUUUAUUUAUUAUGCGGUGUGGAAGCCACAGAAGCAGUGGAUCACCCUGGACACAGGGAUCUUGGAAAGUCCCUUGACGUACUGCCCUGAGAAGAGGGAGGAAGCCUGGAGGUUUAUCUCAUACAUGCUGGUCCAUGCCGGAGUCCAGCACAUCGUGGGGAAUCUUUUUAUGCAGAUCGUCCUGGGUAUUCCUUUGGAAAUGGUCCACAAAGGCCUCCGAGUGGGGCUGGUGUACCUGGCAGGAGUGCUUGCAGGUUCCCUGGCCAGCUCCAUCUUUGAUCCCCUCAAGUCUCUUGUAGGAGCUUCAGGAGGAGUCUAUGCAUUGAUGGGAGGAUAUUUUAUGAAUGUUAUAGUGAACUUUCGAGAAAUGAUUCCUGCCUUUGGAAUCGUCAGACUACUCGUUAUCAUUCUGAUAGUUGCGUCAGACAUGGGAUUUGCUCUCUACAGAAGAUUCUUUGUCCCUGCAAAUGGGUCUCCGGUGUCCUUUGCUGCUCACAUUGCAGGCGGAUUUGCUGGGAUGUCCAUAGGUUACACUGUGUUCAGCUGCUUUGACAAGACCCUGCUCAAAGACCCCAGGUUCUGGAUCGCAAUUGCUGCAUAUGUAGCUUGUCUCUUAUUUGCUGUGUUUUUUAACAUCUUUCUGUCCCCAGCAAACUGACUUGCCUCUAUGAUAAGCCAGUUAAUAUAAAAGUGUCACGUGGGACCGGGUGUGGUGGCGCACGUCUUUAAUCCCAGCACUCGUGAGGCAGAGGCAGGCGGAUUUCUGAGCUUGAGGCCAGACUGGUCUAUAAAGUGAGUUCCAGGACAGCCAGGGCUACACAGAAAAACCCUGUCUCAAAAAACAAAAAACAAAAAACAAAAAAAAGUGUCACAUGGGGGGAAAUUGUAGACUCUGAUAUUCCAGCAAAUGCUAAGAACAUUAUAAAGAAGACAGGACAGCGACUGAGCUUCCAAUAGGAAGCAAGAAGAUAAGAAGCAAAGACCGGGUCGUUCAUGCACAGAACAUGUGUGUAUUAUCCUGUGAAGGAGACUUGAUAUCCUUGGGGGAUGUAACUUGGAGGUUGUUUAUAGGCUCC